CAAGACUCUGUUUCAUUUAAGUAUUUAAAACAUUCCGGUUCGUAUUUUUGUCGAAGCACUUACUGUUAAUACAAGAAUUCUAAAUUUCACUCAUUCGACCUGAUUUGUUACGUUUGCCGAUACUUAAAAGGUACCAACCGAAGCACGGAAUGUGACUCUAUAAUUUAGUCGUACGAAAUGUUCCAAUCGAAAAUGCACUGUGUAUGUGAGUUAGUGCAGAUGCACAAUGCACAAUGACAAAUCGUUUUGAAUAAAUUCCGCCACCCUACGACGAAGUCGAGCCUUCUUUUCCUUCCUUCGUCAUUAUGAGGCUGUUUCACGACACAACUAUGACACGCUUUGACAAUGAUACAUUCGUGCCAUCCGCGCAAAGUGUCAGUUGAUUCUUCAAGUAAAAUGACAGAUGCUCUGGCGAAUUUUAUUGAAAAUGUACCGAAAAAUAGCAAUGCAGACAUUGGAAAUAAGAGCGACUCCGAACUGUUGGAUUUAUAUCAACUAUUGAAAUGUUGCCAGCCCGGCCGCGUUCUUACCCAAGCAUUCAUUGCUAGCAUCGGAAAGUUGGACGCAAAAACUUUGCACAGUUUUGUUUCGCGCAAUGGAAUCUCCAGUGAAGACUUCAAGGAGAGCCUGGUCCAUUUAAUAUACGCUGUGUUGUUCAGCGAUCAAUCCGAAUCGAUCAAACGAAUGAUUUCUGAAAUGCCGUCCAACGUCUUCACGCGAACAAGAAGCCCAAUGCACCUAACAAUGUCACCAACGAAUCUCAUCCCAUCAAAUAGUCCAACAUCAUCGCCGUCCAAUGUUGAAAUCCAAGCACAUUUCGAAUUGGUGCGAGACGCUAUUGUUAGCGAAAGCACGAAAUGGCGUAGCGAAGCAGAGCUUGCCCGCAAAAGCAUUGAGCCAUGGCGGCCGAAAAGCAGGCGCUAGAGGAUGAAUUAGAGCGAAAUCGGGCAACGAUUCUCGAAAUGACAGCCGAAAAGAAGUCGCUGGAAGCCGAAUUGGAGGGUAAUCGACAGGAGUUACGCAAUAUGACGGCUGAAAAGCAGGAAUUUGAAGUGGAAUUAGAGCGCCGUCGAGCCAAUAUAUGUAAACUGGAAAACGAGCGCGAAUUGCUAAGAAAAAAAACCGCAACAAAACCACCAUUCGAUCGGUUUGCACGUUCGAAAUAAUUCAAAAUUUCAUUUAAAACUAAUUUGU